GUGCCGUAGAAAAGUGAUAAAUCGUUUUCGCAUGCGAGAUUAUAUUCGGUUAGAGAAGAGAGUAUCCAGCAAUGUGAUAUCGUUUCUCGGCAAAGUGGCGAUAAAUCAACGUAAAAUAUUGUUUUGGUUCGCGAAUUACUGAUCGUCUCAGACGAAUGAACAGACGGAUUCUGUAUUUAUCAUCUUCGAGUUUGCCGGCUAGCCGGCUGUUAUUCGGACCCUCUUACGCCAACGUAUAAGUGAAAGUUAGCAAGUAGGACGCGCGACGUCCAAUCUCGAUGCCGAUGACGUCUGGAUGUCCGCAAGAGACUCGAAUCGCCACCGCCAAUGCCGGACUAUCGAUUCUGUCGCCGAAAAAUUAAUGAAUGCCGAUAUUAAAUCACCAAACUCCAAUCAGGGAUGGAUCCUUCCGCGGCUUUCGAAAUCAUACAAUACUCUCUCGCCGUAAUCCGUCUCUCAUAAGGCUCGUCCCGAUUUAUUUCCCCUCCGAGCGAUCGAAGGCUAUCUCUUGAAGAAGUUCAGGAAGACGAUAGAAAAUCAUACCGGUUUUGAUGAUCGGCCGAUCUAGAAAAGAAGGCGGUUGCACAAGUAUAAACGCGAGAACUUUACAUCAUUCUUGCAGAGCACUUUUGCAAUCGAAGGUUCUCCCCCAGGUCAUCUCGUUCAAUUGCUCCAUUAGAUCCGCGUCUUUCGUAAUGAUGAGCAUGAUUUGUACACAAUCUGCUAUUAUCUCUUGCGACUAAACGAGUUACCUCAGAUUUCCUCGUAUCAUAUCUAGAAAAAUGUUUCAUGUAAUUUAUAGGUCAGAUCUGUCAAACGUUGACGUAACAGGAUUCUAAUAAUCUCUUGCGCUAUAUGCGAAAUCUUUUAUAAAAGACACAAAAAGAGUCUUGAGAAUUCAUUUGCAAUAUGCAAUGUACUUGCACUGUUUAAAAGCGUGGAUGUGAAUACAAUCAUUAUUCGAGAGGAGCAAGAUCCACAAGGGAAAGUCAAUGGCUAAAAUACUAAUGAUAAUAUAAUUGUAGACACGAUUUAAUCAUCAUAUCCAUCACAGAGAUGGAGCAACAAUAAGAGCUGUAAUAAUCAAUCGUCGAUUUGUUAAUAAUCGAAUUUAUAUAUUUUUUCUUGUAGACAAGAAUCAUUGAACGCGGAUCGGAAACGAUCACCUGUCUUAAGGAAGUCGCAGCUUAGCGCAGAUUAUCCCAUAGGGAAAGUAAUCGUGUUCGCUCGGAUUGACGGCAUAAAGAGACUUAGCACGACUCUUUCACCGAAUAGUCCUCGGUACGCGCGACCGCGCCGAGGGAAGAAAGAAAGGCAGGUUUCGAUUUCGAUGGGCCUUGGAGGUCGCGGAAGAGUGUAAUGCCGUUUAGUAUAAUCGUCCCCUCCACGCUCGAUUGGAUAGAUUUGAAGAAAGUCGUCGUUGUAAAGAAGAUACUCUCCAUACCGCGCGCAUCUCUUUCUCUCUUUCUCUCUGUCUCUUUCUUUUUCUUUCUACCGUCUUCAGUUAUGUAUGCAUCUACAUGCACCAUGGACACAAAUACCAAUGAGACGUAUGCACACCGAGGGGCCCCGGAGAAAGGUGCUGCUCCACCGUCUUCAAUAUUAGAGAGGAGCUUCUUGAGGAGCGGUGGCCUCAAGGUGGUGGUGGCAUCGAGUAGGGAGAAACGGCCCCUGGGCUUGAUCUGUCCUCAGUUCCCAUGCGAGGCUUCGCUCGAUAUCGUCCAAGACACGCACAAUUGUCUCGAGCGGUGUCAUGUCGCGAGUCAGCCGUCUCUAACGCGAGAAUCGGCCGGUGAAAGAAGUGCGUGACCCUUUCCGCGCGGACCAAACGAGGAAAAGCGAAGAACAACGACUACAACAUGCGAUUCGCUAAGCUGGCAUUCUUGGGGGCGACACUCCUCGUCGCCGCGGCUUUCGCCAAGGAGGAGAGCUCGUCGUCGAAGAACCGCGACAAGCGUCAGCAACUCGCCUUCCACUUGCGAAAGGGCGGUCGUCUGCCGCCAUAUGCGGUGCAGAUGGAACCGAUAGUGCAAUACUCUCAAAGGGAUCCUCUGUAUAAUCCCUUAGCGAGCCCGAAGAGUGACGAUCUGUACGAGGAGAGUCCGCUGAGCUAUUAUCCAACGGAACCUGAGCCGAUCAUUGAGAUCAUCAUUAAGGAAUCUAAUGAAUCUCUGCCGACUCCGGUACCACCGCCGCCUCCAUCUCAACCACGUCCCACUAAGGAACCUAUUCAGGUGUUCUAUGUGAAGUACGAGAAGAAAAAAGGUUACGGUGACAAGACUCGCGUCAUCUACGAUCCGCCGAUUCCCGCGCUGACGCCGGUAGAGGAGCACGAGGAGAUUAAACCGGAUAAUCACGCGCCGUAUGCUGAAGAACCGACACAGACGGCGACGUUGGCGCCGCUUCCGGAACCAUCGACGACUUUGCGCGCUAUCAUUCGACCCGACAGCGAAGUGUAUCACUCUGGCGGUAGCGGUAUCCGCGUAACCUUCGGCACCGAACAGAUACCACCCAAUAGUCACAACAAGCGGAAUGACGUGGAAACGCCCAGGAACAAUGCGCAACAGCAUACUAGCAAACCGACAGCGUCUCCAGGAUCGCCGAAAAGGCAGCACGGUCCGUAUCAGCCGCUGCAACCACCGGUGCAUCCCCCGCGAGUGCCACCUGCAUUCCCGCAACAACGUAUCGUUAACUCGUUCCCACCUCAGCAACAAGCGCUGCAGCAACCGCCGACGUUUUUACAGCAGCAGCAACAGCCGCCGACGUUCUUGCAACAGCAGCAGCAGCAGCAGCCGCCACCACCGCCACCGCCGCCGCCGCCGUCGCAUCAUCAGGCGUUUCCGCCUCAGCAACCCUUAAGAAAUCUGCCGUCACCGCCAUCGAGACAGCCGCAGCGGCAUCCCAUAACGAUUCAGGGUUUACCGGAAGUGCAACAACGCGCGCCAUUCAACAGUUUUGGUCCGCCGCCGCAUCGUGUCAACAUCAAUCACCCACAGCAACCCGGAUUUCCGCCUACUUUAUCAGUGUCGCAUCAGAGUGUGCACUUGCAGAAUCAACCGGCACCGUUACCGCAAAAUAACUUCGCGGAACCGCCUCAACAACCAUCCCAACAACCGCUAUCCAUCAGACCUGGAGGCUUUAACCCGGAAUCCUCGCAACAACCUUUGUCCAGACCAAACAGUUUCAAUGUUGAGCUUCCACCGCAAUCGUUACCUCCGUUCAAGCAGCAGGAACUGGAGAAGCAGCGAUAUCACGAGCAACGACGACAGCAAGAGUUGUUAAAACAACGGGAACAUCAACGACAACACGAGCAGCAGCGACAUCAGGAACACCAACGAUUUUUGGAGCAGCAAAGACAAAUCGAGCAACAGAGAUUGUUAGAACAGCAGAGACAGCAGGAACAUCAGAGACAACAGGAGCAUCAAAGACUCCAAGAACAGCAACGAUUGCAGGAACAACAACAUCUACAGGAACAGCAACGUCUACAGGAACAACAGCAAUUGCAAGAGCUACAACGCUUGCAGGAGCAACGUAGGCGGAAGCAAGAACAAGAGCAAAAGCUUCUUCAAGAACAACAACACUAUCACGCGCAGCUUAAAUAUAAUCAGCAGCAGCUUCAACAACCGCAACGGCCGGCCGGUGAAAUCUUCAAAGCUGUCCCGAAACUGGAGCAGCAUUAUGCAAUCAGAGAGAAUCCGCUUCAUCCCGGUCCGUUCCCACCAAAUCCCACGGUAGUGCAGUCAACUGCAUUCCCUGAAAUUUCUCAGAACCAGUUUGUCUCAGCGCAACCGCUCAAUAUUCUUCACGAUCCCCAACAACUUUCCGGGAAUCUACCGAAUCGUUUCAUCUCCGCCGAUAUUCUUCAACAGCAACAUCAACAAUUAAAUACGAAACAUCAGAUAUAUCAAAAUAAUCAACAGAGUUUCUCGCAAAAUCGUCCGACGCCGCAACAACGACCGCAGAUUGCUUCCUCUCAACAGCAAUCUAUAUGGGGCAGUCGACCGGUAUCCCAAAACAAUCCUACGCAGAAGAUCUAUGCGACACCAGUUAGCCCUUCUGAAGAGUUCAACUCGUUGUCGACCGUCAGAACGUUCUUACCCACGACGACAACGACGACAACGACUACCACUACCACGACUACCACUACCGAGGCACCAACAACUACGCUCUCGCCGAACAAGGCGGCCAAGAUCAAGGAGAACAUCGCCAACCUGCCAGACGAAGUACCAGAUGAUAUCAGGGAACAGCUACUGAGUUCUGGAAUCUUGGGCAAUGCCGACAUACAGAUUCUCGAUUACGACAAGAUUGGCGACAUACCGAUCGAGAAACUACCGCCGGAAGCGCUGGCGAAUUUCUAUGGCGCCGGAGGCGGUGCGGCGAUCGCCGCCGGCAGCGAGCCCGUGCCAGCGAUCGUUAAGAGGCCGGUGACGAAGACAACGCAGCGUAUAGCGAGCCGAGAUGACUCGCCGUCGAAGAAGACCGUCUCUGGCAGCGGCGUCUCUGGUGGCUCAACUAAGUUCGAACAGGCUACCUUGCGACCCGGCGGCGUUGAGAUGAAAGUAGUACGCUUUGAUCCGAAUACGGAGCAAGGCCGGGCCGUGGCGGAGCAGCACAUACGAGACGAUGCGACCCGGCUCGAGCCAGUGACCGUGGGAGCGGACGGAGACCCCGUUCAAUACAAUCGUUACCUACCGCUUAAAGUGAGCGGUACGUCCUUUCCGAUACCGGACGUGCCAGAGCUCAACGGCCGUAGGAUCUCGAGCGUCGUAGUGUUAGCACCUGUCAACUACAACUUUCUCAGCGGCGAGGAGAAGGAGAUCACAGACUCGCAACGACGCGGCAGAAAGGCCGGUGGCGAUGUGCAGCCGGUCAGAUUUCUCGCUGGUGACACCCUCAAGCAGCUCGUGAAGAAGCCCACCGCGGAGAACUAUAAGAAGUGGCUCGAACAUGAGAGCCGCACCGAACCGCAGAGGCAAUCGGUCGUGCUCCUUGUGACCAUGUGAGUAUCGAUUAUCUUAACGAGCAUUACGUGUAGA